AUGACUUGUAUAAACGAGAAAAUAAUUGAUUCAAUUCAUCAGAUAGAAAAUCUUCUAUUCUGUGGUGAUAUACUUAAUGAAACUUCGUCUCAACCGUUAAUCAAUCUUCGCAAUCAAUUAAAACAGAUCGAUGACGAAUAUGACCUUAACAAAAAGGAUGAAAUCGAGAGCCUUAUUCCUAUUCUUGACUAUUUUGAAAUAAACUCUUUUUGUCAUUUUAUCAAAUUAUAUUCUUCUGUAAUUCCGUCUACUCUCGUAACAGUUAUAUUCGAUAUAGUUCGUCUUAAAAUAUAUAAUAAUCUAAUAGUCUAUCCGGCGUUAACCGAUUAUUAUUUUAAUUUAUCACUUACAUAUUUAAUUGCUGACUCAACAAUUGAUUAUCUUAUUGAUACGAAGAAUAUUCUAUCAAAUUUAGACGAAGAAUUUCUUCAUUUAUUCUCUUCUAUUUGUUCGCGAUCGAUUUAUGUUAAGACAAAGAUUUCCUAUUCAAUUUAUGCUUCACAUAAAAAUAUUCCAACAUUUUUUCAAUUGAAUAAUUCAACCGAACGACUAUUAAAAGCGUUGAUAACAUAUUUAAACAAUUAUUUUUUCAAUAAUCAUCAAAAAUAUCAAAGUUAUAUAUCGAUUUUCAAAUGGCUUAUUAAUAUGGCAAAUGUCUACGGAUUUGUUCCUUAUUUAGUUAAUACUGGUUAUCCAUAUGCUAUUUCACAAUGGAUGUCAAUUGAAAAAAUUGAAUUUAAAGAUAUUUCUCUUGAAUUAUGGUCGUUAGUUGUAACAUUAUUACAUAAUCUAGUUCGACAUUGGAUGGGCGUGGAAGCUCUUAAUAAAUUAAAAAUGAUCGAUACUCUCAAGGAGUGGAGAGAAAAUUAUAUAUCUGUAAUAUCAAUUACUGAUUAUGACGAAAAUGAUCAAGAUAUUCUGAUGGCUUAUUAUCUUGUUUAUUCAGCCUUGUUGGAACCAAAGGAAUUAAAAAAAGAAAGUAUUUCCAGUAUUCGAAAAGUUCUUGAUUAUAUUCUUGAACAAACAGUAAAAGCAUUUGAUUCUAUUGAUCUUACUUCUGGUGCAUAUAAUGUUUGUGAAUAUUUAGAUGGACUUGCUAAAUUUGUUGUUAAUGAUACUUUUCUUAUUUAUACUAUUUCAUAUGAACACAUUUAUGAAUUAUUUACUGAAAAAUUUCUCUUAUUUGAUACUAUAUAUGAGUUAACAGCACUUAAUACAAUUAUUUGUGCAUCCCUGUAUACAAUAUUUUGGUCAAUUAGUUUUCUACCUGAAUACAGUGUGAAAUUAAAAUUCAAUGCUAAAUUUGUGUCUUCAAUUGAACAAAGAGCAAAAACUCAAUCAAUGGAUGAACAUGCUGUAGUCAUGCGACGAGCAGCUAAAGGAAUUCUUUUUAAUCUUGGUAGUACACACACAGAUAUGCAAUCGAUCGAAGAUAAUCAUAAUGAUGAAGAUAAUAGUAAGGUAAAAGUCAUGAUUUCUUAUGCACAUAAAGAUACUACAUUUUGUAAAAAACUUGUUACAAAAAUGCAAGAACGUUUUCAAGGUGAUAUUUGGGUUGAUUUUAAUAAACUAUCUCCACAGUAUGAAGAUGAUUGGGAAGAAAUUGCUAAAGCAAUAACUCGAUGUGAUGUUAUUCUAAUGAUUGUUACUGAAAAUUAUUGUAGUUCAAAAAGUUGUCGAAGAGAAGUUAUUCAUGCUGACAAAAGAAACAAACGUAUGAUACCUAUUUAUCAAGGAAAAGAUUACAAAGCAGAUGAUUGGUUUGAAAUUCGUGUUGGUUCUGCAACAUGGGUUCGUUUUGGAGAUAAGAAAAAUGAUGAAGAAGUGAUGGAAAUUCUUCUAGGAUUGAUUAAUGUACUAGAUAAAAGUAAAAAGAAUGAUGAAAAAUUUACAUCAUCGAAUAAAUCACAUUUGAAUAUUAAAUCAGAAACCAAUACAAUUAACAUGAUAAAUACACAAACUGUAGAAACGAUAUCGUCUGCAUCUUCUAGACCAAUUAUAGAAAUUCCCGAUAUACAAUCACAGUCAGAAACAACUGUAUCGAACGCUACUCCUACUUCUUCAAUUGAACAAUGGACUUGUGAAGAAAUACAACAAUGGCUUCAUUUACCACCAUCUACUCUUCAAUUAUCAUCUGGUCGAGCUUUAAUCGCAUAUAUGAACUUAUUAUCAUAUGACGAUGCACAAUACGACGAAUAUGAACAUCGAAUGCGUCAUAAUGGUAUAAGUCGAGAACAAUUUUCUAAUUUAAUAUCAUCAUUUGCAUCUGUUCGUUCGUUAAACAAUAUCUCAACUAUUACGCCAAAUAAAUUCUUUGAUGAGUGGACACGUGAAGAAAUAAAAUAUUGGUUUCAACAAAAUAACUUAUCGGAUUCUUUAUUAAAUACAUUGGAUUUUGUUGAUGGAUCACAACUGAUUACGUAUGGAAAAUUAAUUAUCGAUUCACCAGUACGUAUUGAUCAAGAAUAUGGUCGAUUAAGAAAUCAUAUUGGCAAUGAUCGUUUUCAUCUCAAUGAAUAUGCUCGGCUGUUGAGUGGUCUGAAGAAAAUUGUCAAUCAAUCAAAAUCAAAAGAGGAACCAGUCUCCUGUAAUAUUCUCUAA